AUGGAGCAUCAGGAGGAGGGCGGGAAUAAGAGAGAGGCAGUCGGACGGGCAGGAGGCGGUCGGGAAGUUGUUGUCCUUGAGGAAUUUGUUGCAGUAAUGGAAAAAUGUUGACGUUCAGGACCACAGAGUAGAAUAACCCAGACCCGUUGUAAUCAGAAUUAAAACAUAGUUCCUAUCAAAGUUUCUCGUCUGUGUUUUUAGACAGCCACGAGGGUAACGGUAAAAUCAAUGAGUUCUGCGGACGACCGACGUAACGUCAGAGCAGGACACACACACGGAGGGGGAACGGUGAAAGGAUUUGUCCACAAAGACCGCUCUCCUCCUCCGUCCCUAAAUGACUCACUGGAGGGAGAAAUUCAAGCUUUCCUCACUGAUGAAGACCAACUCCACACUUAUGACGACCUCACUAAAGUUAACCCCGUGACCCCUACAACAGUGCUGAAAUGCCUGCAGGCCAGGUACAGUGUGAAGGUGUUUUACACACAUGCUGGCUGCACCUUGGUGGCUCUCAACCCCUUCCAGCCAAUCCCACACCUCUACUCUCUGGAUGUGAUGAAGGAGUAUCACUGUGCUCCUCAGCCUCAGGAGUUCAAACCUCACAUCUUUAUUGUGGCAGAGGAGGCCUACAGGAACGUUCAGGGUCAGCUGGAGCCAGUGAACCAGUCGCUGGUGGUCAGCGGCGAGAGCGGUGCAGGAAAGACGUGGACGUCUCGCUGCCUGAUGAAGUACUACGCCACGGUGGCAGCCUCCUCCUCUGUGGUCAAGAGUCAGCACACGGUGGAGAGGAUAGAGAAGAGGGUGCUGGACUCCAACCCCAUCAUGGAAGCUUUCGGCAAUGCCUGCACGCUGCGGAACAACAACAGCAGCCGCUUUGGAAAGUACAUCCAGCUGCAGCUAGACAGGUGUCAGCUCUUAGUGGGGGCGUCUGUGCAAACAUACUUGCUGGAGAAAACCAGGGUCGGCUGCCAACCGGCUAACGAGAGGAACUUCCACAUCUUUUACCAGAUGAUGAAAGGGGCCACAGAUGAGCAGAGAAAGGAGUGGGAGAUGCCACGCGGCCAACGUUUUGUUUGGCUGCCAAAUGCUGAAAAAACAGUGGAGGAGGAUUGUUUUCAUGAGACUGUUGAGGCAAUGGUGCAUCUGGGCAUUAACGCAGAAAGGCAGAGACAAAUAUUCACGAUCUUAGCGGGGAUUCUGCAGCUGGGGAAUGUGAAUUUCUCCUCUUCAACAGAUGAAUCACAACCUUGUAACCUAGAAGAACAGUCUAAAGACUUCUUGCAGAGGGCUGCUGAGCUGCUGCGUGUCCCUGCAGAGGAGCUUCAGAUGUGUCUAAGAGUGCGGACUCUGAAGGCGGGGAAGCAGAGCGUGCUCAAACCCUGUUCCCAGGCAGAGUGCAGCAUGAGGAGAGACUGUCUGGCCAAGGUCAUCUACGCCCAAUUAUUUGAAUGGCUGGUUACAUUCAUCAACAACAGCAUGUGUGCAGACAAAUCCACAUGGUGCAACUUCAUAGGAGUCCUAGACGUGUACGGGUUCGAGUGUUUCCAGACCAAUAACCUGGAGCAGCUGUGCAUCAACUACGCCAACGAGAAACUGCAGCAGCACUUUGUGGCCCAUUAUCUCCGAGCUCAGCAGGAGGAGUAUGUGUCCGAGGGGUUGCAGUGGUCCUUUGUCAAAUACCAAGACAACCAGAGCUGCCUGGAUCUGAUAGAGGGGAGUCCUGUCAGUGUGUUUUCUCUUCUUAACGAGGAGAGCCGUCUGAAUCGAGCCUCAGACUCCAAGAUGUUCAGGGUCCGUUUGGAGAAGGAGCUCUGCGACAACGUCAACAUCAGCUGGGACAAGUUCAGCAAGGUGCCGCACUUCACCGUGGCCCAUUACGCCGGCAAAGUCAACUACCAGAUACAAGGCAUGGUGGACAAAAACAAGGACCCAGUGCCACCAGAGCUCAGCAGCCUGCUUCAGAAGUCUGGAAACUCCCUGCUUCACCAAAUAUUCACUGACAAGGAAACUGAGAAUCUGACUUCCAAGGGGCUCAGUAAAGUCACUGUGGUCUCCAAGUUCAAGAACUCCCUGGAGAGCCUGAUGAAGAUCCUCCACGCCACGACUCCUCACUACACUCGCUGCAUCAAACCGAACCCAGACUGCAAACCGCUCACCUUCAAAAAGGAGGAGGUGAUCAUGCAGCUGGAGGCCUGUGGGAUCGUGGAGACCAUACACAUCAGCGCUGCCGGCUUUCCAAUAAGAAUUCCUUUCAGCAGCUUCCUGCAACGUUACGGACUGAUCACAACAUUUUCAAAGUUAAAGUCGGAGACUCGUGUUGAUUUGGAGGCUGACAGUGACGUUCUGCAGCGAGAGGUGGAGAAGCUCCUCAGGGUGCUGCUGCAGACCCAUGCUGUAGACCCCUCGCACUGCCUGGGAAAACCCAAUGCAUGGGUGCACUGUGGAAGGACUAAAGUUUUCCUCACCCAGUCAAUGCUAGAUUUGCUGGAGGAUCAGAGGAAUAAGAUCCUAUCUCAGUGCGCCUUUUCCAUUCAGCGCUGCUGGCUGCGGUACCAGCGGCGCAGACGCCACGCCCGUCUGAAGUCUGCCAUCGUGAUCCAAGCAGCGGUGCGGUCCUGGCUGGUCAGGAGGGAGGUCCAGAGGUGGAACAGAGCAGCUACAGUCAUCCAGGACACCUGGAGGCGGUGGAGGGCUCUUUUGAAAUCUUUGGCCGAGGCAGAACUCGAUGAUGCAAAGGACCUUGUGGAAGAGGAAGUGCCAGAAUUGAACCCGGUUAUCAGGGAACGUGGCUCGGUGCAGCUCUCCAACAUCCAGGAGCCUGUCACGGUGCGAGGCUGGCCCAUGGGCCUGGCUCUGGCCUCGGCCCCGUCCAUCACCGUGUCUCUGACAGCCACGGGCUUCCAGAAGAUGAUGUCUGUGAUGGCCUCACUCAACCUGCCCUCCAGGAGAGGGGACUACAAGGUGGAGACCAACCAGUACACCAAGGGGCUCGCCUCCAUACGGGCUCAACCCAAGGGAUCCGUAAAGCUGCACUAUCAGAGAUCUCCUCUUCUCUACGCUGACAGGCAGCCAGACCAGAAGAGUGACGUGACGGGGUUCAACGAGAUCCUGCUAGAGAAAACUUUGUAAGAGAAACACUAAAGGCUGAUUUCAUGGAUCCAGAUAAAAGAUAAUCUGACACAGAGGGAACAAACCUGCUGUUUUCUGCUGCCAUUUUGCUUGUUUUUGCAUCUAACUUAGAACAGGAAGAAGUUUUUUUUGGAAGAUUGCCAAAGUUUAUCUUACUCAGUGUUAUACAAGGGUGCAAACACUUGCAAAACCUGGACCUUUGCAUAAUAAUUAUAUGUAACCCGAUAGGAAGUCAGUGUGCUACAAACUUGACUUAUUAUCCAUAAUCGUUUGUUGUGGCUUUUAGAUCAAAAUCAUCUGAAAUUCAAAAUCUCAGUGAGCUGCCCUCUGCUUCAUAUAAGAUACGGCAGGUGAGAUUUUUCAACCUCUUUAGGUAAAUGUGAUUGAAAACAGUGUGUGAGUUGCCGUUAUGAUGACGUCACUGCAGGACAAGAAAAGCACAUAAUUUAGUUUUUUUUUUUUUUUUUUUUUUUAAUGAGU